GCUUAACCAGAACGGCUCCCGCUGCUCUCCGGAGGAGUUGUACUCUUAGGCGAGGUUUCUUUUUGUGCGAUGCUGUUCUUGUAGUGAGUUACGAAAGAGGUUUUUACCUUGUACAUAUGCAGAUGGAUUCGGGUGCAGAAAGAGCGGACCCUGGGGACAGCGAACAGGAUGAAGAAGAGGAUGUAUACGAAGUGGAAAGGAUUAUUGACAUGCGAGUGGAGGAUGGAGAGGUGCUAUAUCGUGUGCGGUGGAAGAACUAUUCAUCAGAUGAUGAUACCUGGGAGCCCAAAGCUCACUUGGAGGACUGUAGUGAGGUGCUGCUGGCCUACGAAAGGUCUCUGUCUGAGAAAAAAUUUAAGAAAGACUCCAGCAUGAAGCUGCCUAUGAAGAGUGAUCUAUUUGAUGCAAACUCUGAGAGUGACAGCGAUAAAGAUAGACUGAAGGAGUCGCCUGGAAAGAAAAAGAAAAAAAAAAGAAAACACGCAGAGGACUCGGAGGAAGAAAAGUCUGAGAAGGAUAGGAAGAAAAAGAAAAAAAAGGAGAAACGGAAGGAGGACAAACCAUUGCCUGCUCCCGAGUCUGAUGAAGAGGAGGACAGGGUUCCUGCACCACUAUCUUCUAAGAAAGAGAAGGGCACAGAUGCCAAGAAGCAAGCUGUUGAAAAGGAAGAGGAUGACAAUGAGGAUGCUCUUACAAAGAAACACAAAAAAGAAAUCAAAGCCAAGGAUGGAGGAAAGCAAAAGAAAGAAAAUGUUGAUGAAAGGAAAAAAAAGAGAGUCAAGUCAAAAAAGGAACUUGUGACCUCAGAUGAUGAGACAGACAAAAGUGAUGCGCCCUCAGAAUUAUACACUGAUGACACUUCUUCAACAGGCAACCUUAGUAUUACAACAAAACCUUCAACUCCCAAAACCACAGAAAAGUCUGCUCGAAGUGAAAGUGGGAGUGACCAUUCCAAGGCAAAACAGAAGAAGAACAAAUCUGAACUGAAGCAGCAAGGUUUCAAAGACGUGGCUCAGGACGUGGCUCACCCCAAAAAGACUGACGGUUCGACUCUGCUGCUCAGAGAGAGUGGCCUAAAUAAGUUGAAGAGCCUGGCCAGCAGUAAGAGCAGCAGCAAAUCAUCUCGCAGUGAUGAUGAACCUGACUCCAGUGAUGCAGGUGUAACAGCAAGAGCAAAAAACAAGGCUAAAGGUCCAGACGCAAACUCUGCUCCUCAAAAAGAUUUACUUGUAUCUUCCUCCUCUUCAUCUUCUACAGUGUUAGCUAUUAACAGCAAGCCAAGGGAGGAGGAGCUGAAGGAGCCGAAGGAGUCGAAGGAAGAAGCCGGGGAGAAGGGUGCUGCUAAUAAUCUUUUUGAAAAGUUUUUGCUCAAUUGUGAGGCUAAGGAUCGCGCACCUCGGAAAACACCAGCUCAUACAACACCAAAGAAUCCAAUCAAGACUGACAAAAAAUCGAGGAAAGAGUCUCCCGUGCAGAAGCCUGAGUUUGACAAGGCUGAAAAGGCAAAGGAAGGAACUGUUGGAAUGGAGACAGAUGAAAGACAGGAAAAGACCACACAGGAGUCAGAAAAGAGUGACAGGGCAAAUGAAUCUGUGGCCAAGACAAAGGAGGAUCUACAGCGUGAGCAGAAAGAAGAGGAGCAGCGCCGAAAGAAAGAAAGACUUGAGGAAGAGGAGAAGAAAAGGAAAGAGAGGCUUGAAGAGUCCCAGAAAGAACGAAAGUUGAGGAUGGAAGAGGCACAGAGAGAGAGACAGAGACUGGCAGAGGAAGCCCGGUUAGAUAGGCUGGACAGAAAGUCUGUGAUGGACGCAAUGGCAUCUGCAGAGUCUUCUGAAGACUCAAGGUGGAAGGAGAGGAGAAGGAAGAAGCGGGAGGAUAGUGAGUCCCGCCUUCUUAUCACCUGCGAUGACAAUCAGGACUCUCAGGACCCCCUGGAACGCUCUAACAAAACGCCUGACAGGGGACCACCUUCUCUUAAUCUUGGAGUUGAGCUGAAGUUGGACUGGAUGACACUGGAAGACUUUCAAAGACACUUGAAUGGAGAGGAUGAAAACCUUUCCCCCCUAACUUUAACUCCCACGGAGUUACGGGAUGCUGUAAAAAAUGGGAAUUAUAUGGCUGUGAAACGUGCACUUGGUUCCAAAGAGGACUAUAAUCUGGACCAGGAGGACUCCAGUGGUAUGUCUCUGUGCAUGCUGGCUGCUGCAGGUGGACAGGAUGAUAUCCUACGGCUGCUGAUUAAAAAGGGAGUGAAGGUUAAUGGGCGUCAGAGGAACGGCACUACAGCCCUUAUGCAUGCUGCUGAGAAGAAUUUCCUUACCACUGUGGCCAUUCUUCUCGAGGCAGGGUCCUGCUUAAAUGCUCAGACACUGGGAGGGGAGACAGCUCUUAUGAAGGCAUGUAGGAGAGGCAAUGCAGAUGUAGUGCGCCUACUACUGGAGUACGGAGCUGAUUGCAACAUCCUCUCUAAGCACAAGGCAACAGCCCUGCACUUUGCCAAGCUCAGCAACAACAUGAUUGUUCAUGACCUCAUCAAAGAGCAUAUCCAGACGUUAUCUACUGUGGCAGAGGCGACAAUCAGAGCAUAUUUUGAGACACGUUUUGCUGUGCUUGAGCCUGUGUUUCCUUUGGCCUGUCAUCGCUUAUGUGAGGGACCAGACUUAUCACUGGAAUUCAGUUACAAACCCCCACAGCAUUUACCUGGAGAGGGAUCUGGCAUCCUUCUCUUCAUCUUUCAUGCUAACUUCAUGACUGAGAUCACAGCCAGGCUCUGUGGGCCUUGUAGCGUCCAUGCUGUCAUCCUUAAUGACAAUUUCCAGUUACCUGUCUUCCUUGAUAGCCACUUUAUUUAUUCCUUCAACCCUGUUCACGGAAUCAACAAACUCUUUAUUCGCCUAGCCGAGUCACCCACAGCAAAGGUCAAACUUCUCAUUGGUGCAUACAGAGUCCAGUUACCAUGAUGAUCAACCUUUUCUGAUCUUCAAAGGUCAUCAGUGAAUCUUAACCAUGCUAAGAGACAAGAGUAAUUUCCCAGACUUCUGCUCUUUGUCACUAGACAUGCCAGAUUGCGGGAUGGUGGUUUAUAUUUGGUUUAAUGGCUUGGAAAUUAAGGCCCAAAUACAGUAGCAAGUCUUUCACAGCAGACUUUGGAGUAUGACUCCAGGAUACACAUUCAUCAACGUAUCAGAAGUGUUUUUAUGAGUUUUACAGGAUUUUUUUUAAUAGUCUGUAAUUCCAGACAUUGUUAAAACAAUUGGGAGGAAUAGGCAUUUGUAAAAGUGCAUUUGUAAAUCUUGUUUGUAAAGGUUUUUCUUAUUUUAAAUACAAUAAUUUAUCACUCCAGAUUUACCCAUUGUUCUUUUAUGUUACUAUCUUAUUACCUUGUACUUGCCUUAAAUCUGUGUGCACAUGUGUGUUUGAAGAAGAGUUAGUGUGUGAAAUAGAGAGCAGGUGUCAAUUGUUCUUGCUAAUAGUUUUUUUUUUUUUUUUUUUUUUUAUGGGACCAAGAUAAGACUGGACUUUUUAAACCCCAAAGUUAAUUCCCUGUCCUUUUUUUUUUUUUUUUUUUUUCCCCCGAAUUUGGCUGUUUUACAAUAAACUUGGAACUCUGGGGCAAAGUGUAGGAUUCUUUGUGUAGAAAAUGUAAUAUCACUCUUGGGUUUGUUCAACAGUACAGGGUAAGUAUUGUCUAAGCAUAUUGUGUUGGUUAUCAGUUUUAAGGGCUAGUAUCUGCUCAGAGGCUGGAGGAACCAAGUCUGAUUAUACGUUUUGUUCAAAACAAAAUAUCUUGCCUCCGUUUCUCAUUAGGCUUGUAAUAACCCUUCGUAUUAAUUGAUAAAUCCUUGCUCAUACACUUUUUUUUUUCUUUUUUUUAGUGUAUUUGGUUUGCUGUUUAAACAAUGCUAACUUUUUAUUUGAGUUUUUUGUUUAGUUAUGUGGGUGUCCGAAAUUUAUGAAGAGAAUCUAAAUAUUUUGGCUGAGAUAAUUGUCACAUUAUUUAAUAAUGGAGAAUUGUUAUAUGAUCAGUAUAGAUUAAGAUGAAGUUUAGACUGGGCAUUUUGCAACCAGUAUUGAGUUACUAUACCUGUGUUUAUAUGAGAUUGUUGUGAAAACAGUGGUCUGGACAACAUGGAUUUUAUUUUCCCCUGACUGUUCAUAGUAGCUUAACAACUGUUUUUUUUUUUUGCUACCUUACUGUGUGAUUCAAUGAAAGAGAGAGCGAGAGAUGCACAAAACUUGGCGUCCUCUUCAAAUAAAAUGUACAUAUGUUUCCAUAAGCUUA